GCACAUUCAAUACUGCAUGAACAGGGUCAAUCUCCUGAGAGACAAUGGCGUCAUUCCCGUGCUCGUCUUCGACGGCGGAAAGCUUCCCUCGAAAUCCCAGCAAGAAUCUAAACGAGACAAAUCAAGGAGGGAGAACCUUGAACGAGCGGAGCAGCUGCUGCUGAAGGGCAAACGUACUGAAGCGAGGGAGUGCUUUCAGAAGGCUGUUGACAUCACACCUGCCAUUGCUCACCAGCUAAUCAAGGUGCUGAGGCAGGAGCACGUGGAGUAUGUAGUUGCUCCCUACGAAGCCGAUGCACAGAUGGCGUAUCUCUGCACCAGCGGCCUCGUGCACGCAGUCAUAACAGAGGACUCCGAUCUCAUCGCCUACUCCUGCCCACACCUCCCCCACUCCCAUCCGCAGGUGCUGAGGCAGGAGCACGUAGAGUAUGUAGUGGCACCCUACGAAGCCGACGCUCAGAUGGCGUAUCUGUGUGCCAGCGGCCUCGUGCACGCAGUCAUAACAGAGGACUCCGAUCUCAUCGCCUACUCCUGCCCGCGUGUCCUCUUCAAAAUGGACGCCAUGGGGCACGGCGACGAGAUCGAGUACGCCAACGUAGGCCAAUCACAGGAGCUCGCCCUGGCGGAUUUCACCCCGCAGAUGGUCCUCGAGAUGUGCAUCCUCAGCGGCUGCGACUACCUCGACAGCCUGCCGAAAGUCGGGCUCAAAACCGCCCACGACUGGAUCAGAAGGCACCGGGAUUACCGGUCGGCGCUGGCCGGAGCGAAGCUGAAUGGGAGGGUGGUGCCGGAGGAGUAUGAGGGGGCGUUUGAGCAGGCGCUGCUGACGUUCCUGCACCACCGUGUGUACCAUCUGGCUGAUGAACUCAUGACUCAUGUCAACCCGCUGCCGGCCACGCUUGGACCGGACACCGAUCUGUCAUUCUCCUUGACUGCCUACUUUCACUCUCUCCUUUGCUUCCUUUUCUUCCCCUCUUCUCCCUAUUUCUUUCACUUCUCCUUCCUCCCUUCAUCCACUGCCUUCCACUUUUCGCCUGGCAGUGGUGGUGGGCCGGGGAGAUCGCCAAUGCAGCUGCCAGUGCAGAAGAACAAGCUAUCGAAAUACUUUCUCCCCACUGCUCCGGCUGCCAAGAAGCAGUUCCAGCCACCGCGAAGGUCGCCCGUAACGCCCCCGGUCCAGUCAGCCUUCGAGCCAUCCCGUCCCGAAGCUGCUGCCGAGCCUGGCCCCGCUGGCUCGGCAAACCAGCCACGUGGCAACAGCAGCGGAAGGGGCGGGCGGUCUGUGAGGACGUCAGCAGUGGGGGAGGGGUCUGCAGGGCCCACGGCAGGUGAAGGCUUGGUGGCAGCAGGGGAUGGCAUUUGUGAGCCGGUGGUGGGGGAAGACUUGGUGCAGUUUAUGGCAGGGACUGUUCUUGAGGAGGAACAGCAGCAACAGCAGCAGCCAAUUGCACCUGGGCCAAGAGCAGCUGUUGCUCGUGUGUUCCAACGAUUCACUCCGCCCCACUCCAUUGCCGAAGCUGGGACCACUCCCGAGCCACCAUUGCAGCGUCGGCAACCGUACAGGCGAGCAGCACCACCACGUGUUUCUGGAGAUAGGCAGGAGAGUACGCCAACUGAGUGGGACCAGUUUGUGUUCCGGGGUCGUGAAGGAGCCCAAGGAGAGGAACAAGCAGAGGACGGAGGAGGAGGUGGGCGAUCGGAGGGUGUCGUGAGAAGGGGCCGGGAUUUGGAUGGGGAGCGGGACUUGGGCGCUGUUCUGGAUGCGGAUUUGGACGAGCUGCUGCUGCCGCCCGCCUUUGACCUCGUGAGUGACGUGCCGGGAAGCCACGAAACACGGCAAGUAGGACAGAGGGCAGGAGGGUGGAGGGCAGGAGGGUGGAUGGGCAUGCGAGGGGCCGCGGGCGCAGCCAGGGGAGGAAGAGCGCGAGGAAGAGGAGGAGGGGUGGGGAUUGGAGGAGGGCGGGUGGUAGGGCUGGGAGUGGGUGGGGCUGGUAGCAGCAGGCAACAGGCAGAGGCGGUGUUUGACAGCCCGAAGCGGAUGAUGGGAAGCGUGCGCGGGGUGCAAGGGCGGGGAGUUCGGGGGAGAAUGGCGGCGGCUCAUGUGGUGGUACGGCAGGAGAUGUCCUGCUCUACAUGCGUGGUGAGUCCCUCCUUCCUUCCGUUCCUAUUUUUUCCUUUCGAGACGUCUCAGAAGGCGCAUGUGGUGGUGGUACGGCAGGAGAUGUCCUGCUCUAUAUAUGUGGCGGAGGUGGAGGAGGAGGAGCAGCAGCAGCAGCAGCAGCAGCAGGAGCAGGAGCGGGAGGAGGAGAGUCCUUUUUUCCGGCCUGCCAGAAGCUCUUUCCCUUUUGCGCCUUCUCCUCUGCUGCCUCCCUCUCACCGCAGUGCUGCUGCUUCUCUACAUCGCCGCCCACCUCCUUCUCCUCUUCCUCGUCUUCAUCCUCGUCGUGCAUCCACGGGUUUAUUCACUCCCACAACUCUAGCUUCCCCACCCUCAGCUGCUGCUGGAAAUCCGUUUGCUUCACACGUUUACCGGAGCCGCAUGUCUGGUGCAGCUGCUGAUGGUGGUGGUAGCACCACUGCCACCCCCGCUGCCGCCCCUGCGAUCACCGCUGUUGCCGCCUCCGCCACCGCUACCGCUGCUGCUGCUGCUCCUGGUGGUCCAGCAGAAGUGGAAGAUGGGUCGUACUGGCACGAUCGGGGCUCCGGUGCGAUGGAUGGAGCAGAUGCACCAGGUGCUGACGAUGCAGAUGCAGUAGAGCAGGCAGAUGGGACGGGUGAGAGGGAAGAUGGAGACGAUGGUUCAGAUGGGUCCAAUGGGGCUGGUGGGGGUUUGGAUAGGUUAGCUCCACAUAGAAGGGCUGGUUCUGCAGUGCAGGCAGAGGUUACGGAGCAGGAUGCGGGGCUUGGAAGGGCAGGAUUCAAUGCACCUGGACGGCAGGGUCUUGUGUACAGCAUGUCGGUCGCUGGUCUGCCUUCUGGUAGGGGUUUGAAUGCUGGUGCGGCAGUUGCGCGACGAGCAGCAGGAGGUGGCAGAGGGAGGGGGUUGGGUGGCGUUACCAGCACAGUGCGAGGGGGGAAUCGCAAGAGAAAUCUGGCGCGGGGGAGCGCGUUUUUCAGAGGGAAUGCUGCUGAGGGCUGUGAAGAUCGUGAUGCUGAGGAUGCGGGGAACGCUGAAGGCUCUGAGGAAGGUGAUGCAGGUGAAGGUGAUGAAGGGGAGCGUUGUGGUGGUGGUGUUGGUGGUGUAGAUAGAAACGCGUUAGGCAAUGUAGGGGAUGGAGCUGCUGAGGAGAUGCGCAUGAGGAGUGGGAGUAGUGGCAUGAGUGGGCAAUCUUUCGCCACUGAUGUUUCGCAUGUGUUACGGUACUCGGCGGUGGGGAAGGAUGCGAUGGGCAAGGUGGCUGCGAAAUUGGCCAGCUUCCGGCACACUCCAGCGGAGAACAAGCCGAGAGGGAGGAUGGGGCGCCGAUUGGGAGGCUCGAAAAGACAACGAUCCCUCCCAGGACAACAGGCUUGUUCGUUUCAAUUCCGACUCAAAGAUGCAAAGAUGGAUCACUUUGUGAACAACCGCAUUGGCUGUCUCUACCGCCACCUCAUCCUCGCCCAAUCUGUGAACAACCGCAUUGGCUGUCUCUACCGCCACCUCAUCCUCGCCGCGCUCCUCAACCGCACACUGCUCGUCCCGGCCCGCCUCCCCUCCCUCACCCCCCUGCUCUGCCAGCGGGGCACGUCCGGCCGUGCAUGCCCCUCCUACCCGCUCCCCUUGUUCUGGGACCUGAACCACACGCGCCGCUGCCUGGGUGCGGCAUCCGUGAUCAGAUCAGACGAGUUUGCCGCCCGGUUCGGCCGCCCGGUGGAGGUGAACCACAUGCGGUGCUGGCACGGGCCGGAGAGGCUCUGCCGCCCGACGUAUUCCAUUGUAAAGAAGAACUGUCUGGUGGGCACGGCCAUGAGCUACGUUGCUGGGGAGCUGCAGAAGAAGCUUGGCGGGUGGAGAGUGGCCAGCGAUGUGGUGCAUGCCAUGCUGCUCAAUGGGUCCUCUUUUGAGUCGACUCAAAAAGCGAUGAGCUACGUUGCUGAGAAGCUGCAGAAGAAGCUUGGCGGGCGGAGAGUGGCCAGCGACGUGGUGCAUGCCAUGCUGCUCAACGGGUCUUCUUUUGAGUCGACUCAAAACCCGAUGCUGCUCAACGGGUCUUCUUUUGAGUCGACUCAAAACCCGAUGCUGCUCAACGGGUCUUCUCUGCAGCGGCAAUUCGACGGGUCCGGGCCGUCGCUGCAGUCGCGGAGUGGUGUGUUUGCAGCUGCUGUGUCUGCGGCUGCUGAGUCUGCGGCUGAUGAGCCUUCAGAAGAUAUGGAGGGGUUAUCCUCGCAUUUUCUGUCGCCUGAGCCCACAACUGUGGGAGACCACCUGCUGCGGCUCACAGGGAGAACGCUCAAACACUCCUCCUCUUCUCCUUCUUCCUCCUCCUCUUCCUCCUCCUCCUCCUCCUCCUCCUCCUCCUCCUCCUCCUCCUCCUCCUCCUCCUCCUCCUCCUCCUCCUCCUCCUCCUCCUCUUCCACCCCCGCCUCCCCCUCCUCGCUCCCCAUCCGCCCCACACGCAUCGACCCGAUCCGCAUGAUCAUGCUGCACCAGCCAGGCGCCGUGUCCAUCCCGCCCUCCGCCACCGCCUCUGCGCUCUGCCUCCCGCGCUUCGUGCACGUCUCGGACGUGCUGCGCGCGUACGGCCCCCUGGGGGAGUCCGUGCGCGUGCUGGCUGUGGGGGACCUCGUGGGGACUGCUGUGCUGGGCCUGCCGCAUCGGUAUGCUUUAUUGCAGCAGACAGCGCAGAGGUGGGAGGUGAAUGGGGGAAAGCGGCAGGGUGGCGCGGGAAAAGGGGAAGGCAGGGGGUUGGGUGGGAGAGAGGGGCGAGUAGAAGAGAAGGGGUUUCAAAGGCACGGUUCAUCUGCGGGUCAAGGCAGAGAUGGAUCAUUUGACCCAUCACCUGACCCGGGGCAUUCCGGAGGGAGGAAUCUUUGGCUGGAUAAGGAUUUCGUCCGCCCGCCCGGCGGCCGGUGGCUAGGGAGUUCGGGCAGCGGCGGGCUCCGGGAUUGGCUGAGUGUGUUUCAGUUCCUGCCCGGGUGCCGGAACACAGCGGCCAUCGUUCCGCCCCCGUCAGUCUUUCAGCGAGCGCAAGCGAUUAUCCGGUCCCUGUUUGGGGCCAAAACGGAGGAUGGUGGUGCUGGUGUAUCUGGUAUGGGCGAGUCUGUGGAAGCAGGGGCUUAUCGUUCUGGUAACGACGGCUCAGCAGGGGUGGUUGGAGCAGGGGAGGUUGGAGCAGGGGAGGUUGGAGCAGGGGAGGUUGGAGCAAGGGAGGUUGUUUCAGGGGAUGUUAAAGCAGGGGAAAGUGGAGCAUGGAUUGAUGCAGACCUUCCUGUCCCGGCGGACCUGCCAGCGUUCCUGGCGGUGCACUGGCGGCGGGGCGACUUCCUGCAGUUCUGCGCGCGCUCCGGGCCGCCCGGCUUCUGCUUCUACUCGCCCGUGCAGGCCGCGCAGUGCGCUGCUGACGUGGCGCGCCGCAACGGGCUCGCGAAUGUUUAUGUGGCGACGGAUGCUGAUGACAAAGAGUUUCAGGAGUUCAGGGAAACAUUAGGCCCAGAGUUUACUGUGGCGAGACUCCCCUCGUCCCCAUCCCCUUUAUUGCCAGACCCGUAUCAAGACCCUCUGUUGCGCUUCCGGCAAGGGGCUUUCCUGAAUGAUGCAGCAAGCCUGCUGUACACCAUACUAGACAAGGUUAUCUGCGUUUAUUCGACUGUCUUUUUAGCCACACCGUCGUCUACACUCUCAAAUGACGUUGCUCGUAUAAGGGAGGGGCUUGGCGUUCCUGCAGCAAUGGCUGCUGCUGCAGCUGUUGGAGCAGAGGAGGAAGCAGUGGGGGAGAGUGCAGAGGUGAGGUCGGGGGUUGAUUUUGGCGAGAGUACUGGAGUGGAGGAGGGAAGGGAUGGUGCCUUUCACGAGCACAACGCAGCGGACCCCGAACCUCAUGCCGACCCUGAGUCCGACCCGAACCAUCACGGCCCGGAUACAGUAGUAGCAGACGGGCAAGCGCCGGGUGAGAGGGGGUCGCUGAGCGGUGGGGGAAGUGGGAUGUGGCAUGGCAAGCUGGCGUGGACGCCACAGCCUGACAGGUUCCUGCUCGCCGUGUGCCUGCGAGGCCAGGUGAACAACCGCAUUGGCUGCCUCUACCGCCACCUCAUCCUCGCCGCGCUCCUCAACCGCACGCUGCUCGUCCCCCCCGUGCUGCUCUCCCCCUCCCUCGCCUACUGCAAGCACGGCCUCUCCGGCUCCCCCUGCCCCACCGUCCCGCUCCCCCUCAUCUGGGACCUCGCCCACACGCGCACGUGUCUGGGCGGCGACACUGUCCUGCGCACGGACGAGUUUGCCGCCCGGUUCGGCCGCCCGCUGGAGGUGCAUCACAUGCGGUGCUGGCACGGGCCGGAGGCGACGUGUCCAAUGAGCAACCCUGGGCUGCUGAAGAAUUGUUUGGUGAAUGACACGACACAGGGGGUUGGUAGCAGGAGGAGGAGGCUGGUGGGAGUGUCUGGGAUGAGUACGCUGUCUCGAGCGGGAGUGGGAGAGGAAAUAAGAGCGGCGGCUGGUGAUGCUGUGACAGGGUGGUUUGGAGGGAGAGCGAUGACGUGGGUGAGAGGCAGCAGGAGAAGAAAUCUGCAGCAGCAGCAGCGGGCCCUGCAAGGCACUCCCUCCCCCAACCGCUCCCCACCGCUCUACACAGUCCAGUCCUUCGCCGACUCGCCCCUCCAAACAACUGCAGCCCACCUGCACCUGCUGCCCCACCAGCUCUCCUCAGACGUGCACGUCAGCGCCAACGCCACGGCGUCAGCACUGUGCUUCCCCCGUUUCGUCCAUGUACGCGACAUCCUCCGCGCCUAUGCUCCGCUCUCCGCAUCCGUGCCUGUUCUCGCGGUCGGAGACCUGGUGUUCACCGCCUUUCUCGGCCUCUCUGACAGGUACGAGCCCUUCAAGGAGCGUCUGUUUCGGUACAAACGGUGGCGCGAGCGUGAGGAAGCUUCACAGGAAAGGGAGGGCACCUCGUUGAGCGAUUUUGAUGCCAUGCUGGCGAGCAGCAGCAGUCAGGUGAUUCUGGAAUCGGACUUCCUUGGGCCAGCAGGGGGGCGGUGGCUUGGGAGUGCAGGAAAGGGGGGUCUGAGAGAAUGGAGGAGCAUGUUCCACUACCUGCCGGGGUGCCCGGUUCCCGUGCCCAUUCUGCCCCCGAAGGAGGUUAUUGAGGACUCUAGGCGGCUUGCACAAGCCCUGUUUGAUGGUGGGGAGAGGGGUGCUGGAGGUAGCAGCGGGGGUGGGGGUGACGGGGGCAGGGAUAGCAGCUUCGCAAAGGAUACACUUGCACCAGGGGCAGCAGGGGCUGGAGGGGCAGCAGGGGAGAAUCUCCCAGCGGUUUUACCUGCAGGAUCAGGCGGUUCAUCAGAGGGCGGGGGAGGGGGGGGGUACCUGGCGGUGCACUGGCGGCGCAGCGACUUCAAGGACUACUGCGUGUGGUCGGGGCCUUCUGGCUUCUGCUUCUACUCCGCGCAGCAGGCUGGCAAGUGCGCUGCUGACGUGGCACGGCGCAACAGGCUGAGGAGUAUUUAUGUUGCUUCUGACGCCAAUGUGGAGCAGUUUGAAGAAUUUCAGAAGGCAGCAGGCACCACCUUCAAAGUCAUCCGCUACCCCGACAACCCAUCAGCCUUCCUCACAACCUUCUCUUCAGAGCCUAUCAUCUCCAACCUCCCUGCCUCCAUUGAUCGAGAGGAAGCUUCCCUGCUCCUGCACAUGCUCCUUGACAAGCUCAUCUGUGUGCGCGCUACAGUGUUCCUCGCUACCAUGUCGUCAACUCUAUCCAAUGACGUCGCUAGAAUGCGUGAGGGGUUUGGCGUGCCAGCAGCCUUAGCAGCAGCUGCUGACCCUGGUGCAGGCAAUGUUACGAAAAUGGCUGCAACCAAUGAUGCACCGGGUGACGUUGGUUUGGAAUUUGUGGUGAGCUCGGGUGUAGAGGAGCGGAGAGAUGGUGGGCUGUGUGAAGGGGAGAAAGUAUGGCAUCCCCUCGAAGGGUUGUUUGGGUGGAUGAAGGACAUGAAAGCCAAGAGAAUGGUCGAGCAUUCAGCAGGAGAGUGGCGGAGAUGA